CUUCCCACCGCCGCCCCUGCCGGACCGAUUGUGCGGGCCGCGUGUUCCGGGGACGGGUUUGUGGGGUGGACAUGGAAGCGGCGGCCAUCGAGCUGCUGGUGGCCGAGUUCGGGGCGCUGGGCCCCGCGGCGCUGGCGGCGCCCGUCCGGGCGGUCGAGGAAAAAUGGAAGUUGCUCCCUGCUUUUCUGAAGGUCAAAGGGCUGGUAAAGCAACACAUUGACUCAUUCAACUACUUUAUAAAUGUGGAGAUUAAGAAAAUCAUGAAAGCAAACGAGAAAGUCACCAGUGAUGCUGAUCCAAUGUGGUAUCUGAAGUACCUGAAUGUUUAUGUUGGAGCUCCAGAUGUUGAAGAAAGCUUCAAUGUGACGCGUCCCGUUGCACCACACGAGUGUCGCCUGAGGGACAUGACGUACUCUGCCCCCAUCACUGUGGACAUUGAAUACACCAGAGGGAGCCAGCGAAUAAUACGCAAUGCAUUGCCCAUCGGCAGGAUGCCUAUAAUGCUACGCAGCUCAAACUGUGUACUUACAGGGAAAACUCCAGCAGAAUUUGCUAAACUGAAUGAAUGUCCUCUGGACCCAGGUGGCUAUUUCAUUGUUAAAGGUGUUGAAAAGGUUAUUCUCAUCCAGGAACAACUGUCAAAAAACAGAAUAAUUGUGGAUGCAGACAGAAAGGGCACUGUCGGUGCCUCUGUGACCAGCUCGACACAUGAAAAGAAAAGUAGAACCAACCUGGUGGUGAAACAGGGUCGCUACUACCUGCGGCACAACACUCUGUCAGAGGACAUCCCCAUCGCCAUAAUAUUCAAGGCCAUGGGGGUGGAGAGCGAUCAAGAGAUUGUGCAGAUGAUUGGUACAGAGGACCCUGUGAUGUCUGCUUUCGCUCCGAGUUUGGAAGAGUGUCAGAAAGCUCAGAUCUUCACACAGAUGCAGGCUUUGAAGUACAUCGGCAAUAAAGUGCGCAGGCAGAGGAUGUGGGGAGGACCGAAGAAGACCAAGAUGGAAGAGGCCCGGGAGCUGCUGGCAUCGACUGUGCUCACCCAUGUGCCAGUCAAAGAAUUCAACUUCCGUGCCAAGUGUAUCUACACAGCAGUCAUGGUUCGGAGGGUGAUUUUAGCUCAAGGAGCCAACAAAGUAGACGACAGAGAUUAUUAUGGUAACAAGCGUCUGGAGCUGGCUGGGCAGCUCCUCUCGUUACUCUUUGAAGAUUUAUUCAAGAAGUUCAAUUCUGAGUUGAAGAAAAUUGCAGAUCAGAUCAUCCCAAAACAGCGAGCUGCCCAAUUUGACAUUGUCAAACACAUGCGCCAGGAUCAGAUCACUAAUGGCAUGGUUAACGCCAUCUCAACAGGGAACUGGUCUCUCAAAAGGUUCAAAAUGGAUCGUCAGGGUGUGACUCAGGUGCUAUCACGUUUGUCCUACAUUGCUGCACUGGGUAUGAUGACCAGGAUCUCCUCGCAGUUUGAAAAGACCAGGAAAGUGAGUGGUCCCAGGUCACUCCAGCCGUCACAGUGGGGAAUGCUGUGUCCAUCAGACACUCCUGAAGGAGAGGCUUGUGGUUUGGUGAAGAAUUUGGCUCUAAUGACACACAUCACAACAGAUAUGGAGGAUGCCCCUAUCAUUAAACUGGCCUUCAAUCUUGGUGUUGAAGAUGUAAAUCUGCUUUGUGGGGAGGAGCUUUCAUAUCCAAAUGUAUUCAUUGUGUUUCUGAAUGGUAACAUCUUGGGUGUAAUACACGACCACCAGAAGCUGGUGAAAACAUUCCGGCUGAUGCGGCGAGCAGGCUACAUCAAUGAGUUUGUUUCCAUCUCUACGAAUCUGACAGACCGCUGUGUGUAUAUUUCUUCUGAUGGAGGCAGACUUUGCAGACCCUACAUCAUUGUGAGGAACGGAAAACCAGCAGUGACAAACAAGCACAUUGACGAACUCUCUCAGGGAUACAGAUCGUUUGAAGAUUUUCUGCAUGAGGGGUUGGUGGAGUACCUUGAUGUCAAUGAAGAAAAUGACUGUUACAUUGCACUUUAUGAGCAUAUGAUCAACAAGUCAACGACCCACCUGGAGAUUGAACCAUUUACGCUCCUAGGGGUAUGUGCUGGCCUCAUUCCGUACCCUCACCACAACCAGUCCCCAAGGAACACCUACCAGUGUGCCAUGGGCAAACAAGCCAUGGGUACCAUUGGCUACAACCAGCGUAACAGGAUUGACACUCUCAUGUACCUGCUCGCCUACCCUCAGAAACCCAUGGUGAAAACCAAAUCCAUCGAACUGAUUGAUUUUGAGAAGUUACCAGCUGGGCAAAAUGCUACAGUUGCAGUGAUGAGCUACAGCGGUUACGAUAUUGAAGAUGCGCUUGUGUUAAAUAAGGCUUCAUUGGACAGAGGUUUUGGAAGAUGCCUUGUGUAUAAAAAUGCAAAGUGUACCCUGAAACGUUAUACCAAUCAAACUUUCGACAAAGUCAUGGGUCCAAUGCUUGAUGCAGCCACACGAAAGCCGAUCUGGCGACAUGAAAUUUUAGACGCAGAUGGUAUUUGCUCCCCAGGGGAGAAAGUGGAAAACCGACAAGUGCUGGUGAACAAGUCCAUGCCAACAGUUACACAGACGCCACUAGAGGGAACAGCCCAAUCCCAACAGCCGCAGUUUCGUGAUGUCCCAAUCACCUACAAAGGAGCAACAGACUCGUAUAUUGAGAAGGUGAUGAUCUCUUCAAACUCUGAAGAUGCAUUCUUAAUUAAAAUUCUGUUGAGACAGACGAGGCGUCCAGAGAUCGGUGACAAAUUCAGCAGUCGACACGGACAGAAAGGUGUCUGUGGUUUGAUUGUACCUCAGGAAGACAUGCCGUUCUGUGACAGUGGAAUCUGCCCUGAUAUCAUCAUGAACCCUCAUGGUUACCCCUCCCGCAUGACGGUUGGGAAGUUGAUCGAGUUGCUGGCAGGGAAAGCUGGUGUCCUGGAUGGCAGGUUCCAUUAUGGCACAGCGUUUGGAGGAAGCAAAGUGAAGGAUGUGUGUGAGGAUCUGAUACACUACGGUUACAACUACCUGGGCAAGGACUACGUCACCUCUGGGAUCACUGGUGAGCCCUUGGAAGCGUACAUCUACUUCGGUCCUGUGUAUUACCAGAAGCUGAAGCACAUGGUCCUCGAUAAGAUGCACGCUCGAGCCCGAGGUCCCCGGGCUGUUCUCACCCGGCAGCCAACAGAGGGACGCUCUCGCGACGGAGGGCUGCGUCUGGGGGAGAUGGAGCGGGAUUGUUUGAUAGGGUACGGAGCCAGCAUGAUGCUGCUGGAGAGACUGAUGAUCUCCAGCGAUGCAUUUGAAGUGGAUGUCUGCGGGCAAUGUGGGCUCCUGGGAUAUUCUGGCUGGUGCCAUUAUUGCAAAUCUUCCUGUCACGUCUCGUCACUGCGAAUCCCAUACGCCUGUAAGCUGCUGUUCCAAGAACUGCAGUCGAUGAACAUUGUGCCCAGGCUAAAGUUGGCCAGGUACAAUGAGUGAUGCAGAGGGGACGAGCAAGGGCUUGAAGCAGAGAUUUUGUGGCACCAAGAUUCUCUCCUGGGGCUGUGGUGGUGAGAGUGAAUCCUCAGCCUGACUGAUUUAUGUUCCCUCUCCUGCUCAGUGUGAUGAGGAGAGAGAAUCAUUUGCUGGUGAUUGAUGGGCUGAUACAAUUGCCACAGCACUGACUCAAGCUGCCUUCAUAAAGGUCUGGCCAGCCCGCUAGUGCCGAGCGAGUAAAGUUUAUACAAGGUCCUGUGUUUGUUCAUCGAUAUUAGUUUUACUGUCAAACAAGGAAAGCAAACCACCUCAUGUCAUUGAGUUAUUGGCUACAGCUGAGAGCACUGAAUGGCCGAGGCCGACUCACACAAAAAGUGGGCUAUUUAAUUUAAUUUUUGUAUUGAUGGAGUUGAAUGUGGUGGGAUAUUUUUGUUCUGUGUGCCAUGAAUAUUUCAAUUAAAAAACGUAUUUUUU